AUAAAAAAAUGAAAUAAAAAAAGGGUAUUAUAGUCCAUACACACCCAUCAAAACCCUAGUAACCUUCUUCUCUCCACUAUUAAAUCUCGUUCUUUCUCAUUGCUUCAUUGCCGCACAACCUCUCUUCCAUUUCCGAUCCCAAAUGGCUUCGGAGAAGAAACUCUCGAACCCCAUGAGGGAUAUUAAGGUUCAGAAACUUGUUCUUAAUAUCUCUGUUGGUGAAAGUGGCGAUCGUCUCACCAGAGCUGCAAAGGUGUUGGAACAACUCAGUGGCCAAACCCCAGUGUUUUCCAAAGCUCGAUACACUGUCCGUUCUUUUGGUAUUAGAAGAAAUGAAAAGAUUGCUUGCUAUGUGACUGUUAGAGGUGACAAGGCAAUGCAACUUUUGGAGAGCGGUUUGAAGGUGAAGGAAUAUGAAUUGCUGAGAAGAAAUUUUAGUGAUACUGGGUGUUUUGGAUUCGGUAUUCAGGAGCAUAUUGAUUUGGGAAUCAAGUAUGAUCCUUCUACCGGUAUUUAUGGAAUGGACUUUUUCGUUGUUCUAGAGCGUCCCGGUUACCGUGUGGGACGUCGUCGUCGGUGCAAGGCUCGUGUUGGGAUCCAACAUCGGGUAACAAAGGAUGAUUCCAUGAAGUGGUUCCAGGUGAAAUAUGAGGGUGUGAUCCUCAACAAGUCACAGGCGAUUGUUUAGUUACUUAGGCUAGUUGACAAAGCAAUUUGCAAGUUUUGUUAAUUAUAAUUUGAAGUUUCUUGAACCAUUAUCUUAAACUUCUUGAAUAUCUGUCUGGUUAUAUGGACCGUCUUAAAGUAUUUAUUUCUGAUCCUUUAUUUUGUUGUCUAUUAUGAAUUGGAUAUUCUAUGUUUUGCAUUCAUUUAUCAAUGUUUGAAUAUCAGUAGAAAAAAUCAUAUUUAUUCGGUUUGA